GCUCUUACAGAGAGCACAUGGAAUGCUCUGACGUCAUCAGGCUGAUCAACUACAAAAGCAUGAAUAUACAGCUGUUCCUGCACUCGCUCAGUGGGUGCCCAAUGUAUGCUGAUGUGUUCAAUUUGUUGUCCUGAUUGCCGUGAUUUCUAGCUCUUUUUAAUACCAUGUCCAAUAUAUUAAGGAAGCAAAGACGUUUUAUAACCCUGUUGAAAGACUGAAACCAACCUUACUGCCAACCUUCAACUGGUCCAAGAAUUAUUCAUCACUAUCUUUUCAAAAAUGUUGCAACAAAUUUUAAAUGACAUGUACAUAGAUCCUGAUGUUCUGGAAGCUUUAAACGAAGAGCAAAAGAAAAUUUUGUUCCUUAAAAUGAGGCAGGAACAAGUGCGAAGAUGGAAAGAAAGAGAAGAGAAGCUUGAAAAGGAGGGACCAGUAUUUACCAGACCCAAGUCAAAUAAAGCUCCAACAAAGCGAGUUAGUUGGCUUUUGGGAAGCGAUGGUGAUGUUCAUGUGUUCAUAAUUGGUGAAACACCUGAUGUUAAGCCUUUUCAGAUGAUUUAUGCAGAGUUUGAACAGAGCAAUAAUAAAAGAAUAAAUAUGGAAAAUAUGAAGAGUGACGUCUUGCACUGUACCCUACCCCAAGAAGAAAACGAAUGUUCAGAAGGCAACAUCUUAAUGGUACAGAGAGGUGAUACGCACUCUCAGUUGAAGGAGAUAGAAGAGGAAGAUGCAAGUCAGGAUGCAACAUCAGCAUGUGACAUUUUCUACCGCCGACAUCUGUGUCAAAAAGAUACUGACACCACAGUCCUUGCAAUGCAGUCUGGGGAAUGUCAAGAAAGAACAGGUCAAGAUUUCAAACUCGAUCAAGUGUCAAAUACAGCAACAAUGCAAAAUAAUGAUCACUCCAAUGAAGUUCCAAGUAACACUGUGGUACGAAGAAGCGUUGCUGAACUCACGCAGAAUUUUGGUGGACCAAAAAAGACCAGUGGCAAAGGCACUUUGCCUCGUGUCAAGCCACCAUUGCCUGCAAAGUCUCCAUCAAUUUACUUGAUGUCUUCUUCAGGCUUCAGAUGACACUAAAAGAGCCUUACCAAACUGGAUAUCUUUCUAAUGGAGAUGAAUGUGUUCCAGUGAGUCCUGAGCAGAGCAGAACUUGUCUUUAGGACUGUACAGAAGGCGUCCUGUAUUGCUGUGGAAGUGGAGUCAAUUAAACAUUGGACCUAAAUUUUGCUGAAUCGAGUAUAGUUGCUCUUCAGUCAUAUUCUUAACCAUUUUAAUAUAACCUUUGCUUGGAGUGUGUUCUGAAAACCAAAGAUAAUUGGCACAUAACCAGCAUAAAAGGUGAAAAUACCAAUACAUGCACUGAAUGAAAAUACUGUAUGUUUUGUAUUGUUUUUCUUUAAAAAAAAAGAAUUUUCUUGUAAUGAAUAAAAUACUGUAACUCAUUUUGUUUAAAUGAAAUAGCAUCAGUGAUAAUUGCAAAGCUAGUUUUUAAUACUUAACCCACCAUAUCAUGCUUUUAUAUCCAUGUAAAUAAUCUUUACAUUGUAAUUUGUGUUGUUUUUAGAGGUGUUGAUUCUAAUCCACUUGACAAUGGGAGAACUAUAACUUAAAGGAUAGGAUCAGUAUUUUUCAAGAUGAAGGUAUUUCUUCACAAUCAUGCUAUAUCUGUAUUUUCCACACAAAAUGGUGUUCUAAAGUUAACCACUUUCUAUAAAUUAAAAAUAAUAUAUCUUGCCUGCACUUUUGCUUUACAUUGCAAUCUAUGGGGCAUGGAGUAAAAGCUGAAAAACUUAUCAAACGCAUUAAUUUUUCAGGCCAACACAGUUGUCAGUUUUAUAUGACAAAUGAAUAUAUACCAUGUUUGUAAAGAUUUGAAAAAUAUCAAACUUAUCCUUUAACUGUUUAGACAGUGACACAUCCACAGCAUUGGAGCAAUGGCAGAUUAUUUAAGUUAUUUACUCAGGGGUCGUACAGUGAGUCAAAAGUGUGGCCUGAACUGCCACAGCCUUAGCCAUUAGGCCACAUUGGUGGCUCUUUCUAAGAUCACUGAAGAUGUAUUUGGCAGAUAUAAGUGUGUCUUUUUCUAAUAAAGUUGGGCACUAAUUCUGAUACGCCUAAUGAACUUCCUUUGCUGAAAUAAUCUUACUGUACAUGCAAACCAUUGAGCACAGGAUGAGGCGAUGAGUACUAACUUGGAUCUUUAACAUGCUUCAACUGGAAAGCACAGUGUAAUGUAUUAUAUUGGUGACAGGGAUUUUAUCACUUGCUGUGAAAGGAUAGAAAAAACUAUAAUGCUUUUCAUAUACUUUUAAGCUUCUUCCUGGAAGCUAGCAUAGUGUGCACCACUGCAACAGGAAUGAUAGAUCAUUAGCAUGCCAAAAGAAAGGUCAGCAAUUAAAUUGCAAUAGUCUUUCUACAGGUUAAGACUAUUAAAUGGAAUCUCAUUUCUCCAAUUUAGAAAUCAUGAUUAUCAAUAACAUACCUUAAUUUCAGUAGAAAAACUAAAAUAUAUCAGCCUUGAUUUCUUACAGGCUUAGUACUACUUAUAUGUUUGUGAAACCUGAAAGCAGAAUUAAUUCUUCUUAAUGAAAAUGUUUUUUAACAGUUUGUUAAAAGGCACACCUUGUUUAACCAAGUCAUAAAUAAAUUGUACUUAAAAAAAUUAUAUUUUUUUCGGAAAAAAAUUAAAUAUGUAAAUACUGUAACACGUUUACUCGAGGUGGCACAGAUGAGCAGUGGUUAGCAUUGCUCCUGUUCAGCUCCAAACACUGUAUUCUGGAUUUUGCAUGCUGUCUUGGUGCCUUCAUUGUUUUUCUCCAUGUACUCUGCUUUCCUCCCAAAGAUGUACAGUUUAAUUUGACUGCCGAUUUAAACAUUUCCUGUAUAAAUGAGUGAGGUGGUGUGUACCAUCUUUUUCCUGUCUUGUUCCCAGUGUUACUUGAAUUAGCUUUGGUCUGCUUCAGUCCUGUACUGAAAAAUUUAUUAUUGAUACAUAUUGUAUUGAACACCUCAAAUGAUCAAAUAAACUUUAUACUGUA